AUGGAGGAGCGCUGGAGUGUCUGCCUACAGACCCUCGAGGGACAUAAUGGCUCGGUCAAAUCAGUCAUCUUCUCCCAUGAUUCCAAGCUCCUCGCCUCUGCUUCAGUCAAUUACACCGUCAAGGUGUCAGUCAUCUUCUCUCAGGAUUCUAAGCUCCUUGUCUCGGCUUCAGAUGAUGAGACUAUCAAAGUAUGGGACGCCAGCACCGGCCAAUGCCUACAGACCCUCGAGGGACAUGAUGGCUUGGCUAACUCGGUCAUCUUCUCCCAUGAUUCCAAGCUCCUCGCCUCGGCUUCUUUCGAUCGCACCGUUAAUGUGUGGGAUGCCAGCACCGGCCAAUGCCUACAGGCCCUCGAUAUUGGAAGAGUCACCUCUGUGAAAUCAUUCGACAUUACCAACUCAUACCUUGAAACUGAUAACGGUACCGUUUAUUCAUCUUUAGUUGCGGAUAUAGGAUUGACCAACACCGACUCCGGAGUGCCGCGAUUUGAAGGUUAUAAUGUAAGCCCUAAUAAUAUAUGUAUCACUUGGAACUCAGAGUAUCUGCUAUGGUUACCACCGAAGUACCGCCCAUACUCUACUGCCGUGUCACUAUCGACAAUAUGUUUUGGUUGCCGUUCGGGCCGAGUGUUAUUGUUUACCCUUGAUUCCCCGAGAUUAUUAAAUAUCCUUCUCGGGCACUGA